AUGCCCACCAUAAACGAGACCAACGAGAUCGCCAACGCCAACUCACGCCAGCAGAUCCGUAAACUGGUGAAGGAUGGUCUUAUCAUUCGCAAGCCUGUUACGGUCCACUCCAGGGCCCGCUGCCGCAAGAACACACUUGCACGCCGCAAGGGAAGACACACUGGUGUUGGUAAGAGAAAGGGUACUGCCAAUGCCCGUAUGCCAGAGAAGUUGUCCUUGAUGCGCCGCAUGAGGAUCCUGCUUCGUCUUCUGCGUCGCUACAGGGAGUCCAAGAAGAUUGACAGGCACAUGUACCACAGCCUCUACCUGAGGGCCAAGGGUAAUGUGUUCAAGAAUAAGUGUAUCCUUAUGGAGCACAUUCACAAGCUGAAGGCAGACAAGGCCCGCAAGAAGCUCCUGUCCGACCAGGCCGAGGCUCGUCGCUCCAAGACAAAGGAGGCCCGCAAGCGCAGAGAAGAGCCGGUCUCGGUUUGGUUCAACAAGUAUUUAUUCAGAAGCAAUGAAAAGGUACAGCAUAGCUAUGUGCACAUAGCUAUGGGCACUCAAUACACAGCCUCGGCUUUCUAGUAGCACGGGGUAGUC